UAGUUUGCUUUAUACCCUAUUUCAGUGGCUAAAAGUCGCUGUUUUUAAUUGGUUACAAUUACAACAUACACUUUCACUAUAAUAGCUGCUCUCUGCGUUUAACAUAGUUUUAACGGAGUAAGUAAAUUAAAUCAAUAAUACGUUUAUGUUUUAAUUCAAUUAAACCAUUUGAAUCGUGCAAUGCAAUGUGUGAAGUGCCUGGAAAUGGAUUACGGUGUUGUUGAAGGUAUCCCAAAGGAACUAAUAGACUUUGAAUACAUUGCUGAUGACGCGCUGGAAUUUGAGCUUCAACUCGCGGAGGCUAGAGAAGUUAAGUUCAGGCAGGCCCUGACCGAACCAUUAUCAAUCGGAUCCCACAUCGUGUGCACCGGCACGCCUUGUGAGGAUAUACCAUGGUUUGCAAUAAACAUUGGAUGCGGCGAAGAUUCGGGUCAAUCGGACAUCGCAGUCCAUUUCAACGUGCGCAUGCCGCAAUGCUACGUUGUCAGGAACACGCGCCGCAAUGGAAAGUGGGGACCAGAGGAAACUACCGCAUUCAGACCAUUCCCAUUCAAAUUCGACAAUACGUUUACGAUUGAAAUCCUAGUCGAUGAACAGCAGACAUCAUGGGCAAUAAACGGACUUCACUAUUGUGACUUUGCACAUAGAAACCCCAGCCCUUUGGACGCUAACUGGGUAGAGGUUUCAGGAAUUAAAGAUGCUACGUUAAACAUACAGAAGACUGAGGUUUACCCUAUGUUAGCACCUCUUCCUCCAGAGGUGCCAGCUAGACAAAGUGUAGACGCUCCUGCUGAGAAUGAACCCAGCUGGCAACGCAACGUUACGGCGGUUCUGCCUAAUGGCAUACCAGAAGGACACCAGAUUGUUAUUAGUGGAAGACUCCGUCCAAUACUCCACUCGUUCGCCAUCGAUCUGAUGGAUAAACCGCAAGAGUGGCCACGUCCUAACAUACAUGCACACGUGAACCUUCGAGCACAAGACGAAUCGACGCGCGAUCGACAGUUGGUCGUCCUGAAUGCCUGGUACGGAGCUUGGGGCGAGGAGAGGCGGCAACGAACUGCGAGACUUAUCCCGGGCUCUAAGACUACGUUCAGACUCGUCCGAUCUCCAGAUGUAUGGGCGGUAUACGCGGAUGGCUUACUCAUAGGAGAGUUGGAAUACCGAGCCUCGCCCGAAGGUGUGAAGGCUGUCAGGCUUCGCGGUGACCUCUAUGCAGAACAUAUUUACACGUGCCCGGCAACAACGUCACCAGUGGGGGAAGAUAUUGUACAGCGUUCAUAAACAUCACACUUAUUAACGCUGAGUCGAAGAAAAAGCUUUUAAGACCGUGCAACGUCUUCGUUUUUUUUCUUUAAAGUUCUUUAAAGUUUUUCGUUCUUAUUGCAUUGACAUAAAGGUUUUUUUGACCGGCGUAAUGCGAUUCUAUGCGCUGACUUCCUUUUGGAAAAGCUCUUGACAGGGGCCCACUGCGAAUUAUUGCACCAUCCAUGUUGAUUUAAUUCCUUGAAAUUGAUAAUUUACUAAAGCGUGAAAUAGACAUAGAGCGGGUCAGGCGCGUGUCGGGUCGGGAGCGCGACGGAUCUAAUGCCGUAGACCCGCCGCCGUGCUCCCGAACCGACACGCACCCGACUCGCGCCCGCUCUUUGUGUGUUUCACGUUUAAUCGUGGCACUAAAAUAUCCACAUGAAUUACAGAAAGAGUGUAGGUAAUUUGUUCAAGAGCAUUUAUUUUAUAUCUAUAAUUUUGAUGUACAUUUUUCUUUUUAUCGUUUUAUUAUGCCUCAUUACGUAGGAUAUAAGUAAUAGGCUUUAUAAUCAUAGGUAGAUAGGUAACUAAGAAGAUGGACAAAAAUGCCACUCCUGCCUGUCGGUGUUGACAAUAUGACCCUAUUAUAUUGGUCACCAAUAAAAAAACUGUGAUAAGACUACACGAGUA